UAGACGUAUCGGAACAUCUUUUGAAAAGUGUAUUUAAUAUGUGUCGAGUGGCAAUAUUUCUGGCAUAACGUUAUCGACUAAAUUAAGACAAACUAUUGAUAUGUACGUUAUUGAUAACGGUGUAAGAAAAUAAUUUUCAUAUAUCAAGAAUUUUUCACUUGCAUUUAUAUUGGUUAAUCUGUCAAAAUAUUAGCAACAUAUUUCAUACCGAUCAGGUAUUGUCUGUUAUAACGAAAAAAAAACAUGUUGACAUCUGUCAUCAUGUAUUUAAUACAAUAAAUGUACUCAAUCACGAUGUAGAUAACAAUACAUUAUCAAACAUAUUCACAGAAUCUUUCAAUCCAGAAUCAUGGUUACAAAUCUUGUUAUUAUUAGAUUUAAUAUUGACAUUAAAUCAUAAUUUAUGGCAUUUUCCUGUUUUCUACUGGAGAAAAAAAUGUUUUGAAUUUUGGCUACAUAAAUAUUGAAGGUUCCAGAAAAACAACAAAAUUGACAAAACCGACCUAGUUUUUGUUUUUUUUCUGUCCUGGAAGCACAUAUACAAUACAUACAAAUUUACACCACACACAUCUACAUUUAUGAUUAUGGUUAAAAACUAUAAAAUCAAAAUCGGUUCUGUUUGUAAUUUUUUUUACUGUUUCGUUUGUUAACACGUUCAUAAACAGAACACACACACACUUGUACAUAAAUUGGCCAUAAAUAGGCGCCAUCAUCAUUUAUAAAUUUUGUUUUCAACAAGAAAAAUAAAGAUGAUAAUUUUUCAAGUGAAAUUGAACAUGAAAUUAAAUUUCAUUUUUCUAUUUUCGCUGUCUGCAAUGUUUCAAUCUUCAUUAUCGAUCGUUGCGGACAAACUAUCCAACCACAGACAACAGCUGCAAAAAUUUGAUUCCAAAUGGUCAAAUAUAACGAAAAAAAAUUCGCCCAUUCAAUUAGUUGAGAAUCAAAAUUGGAUCUGCUCAUUUAUACGAGACGAUUGUGGUAUAAUUAAUCAAAAAUUAUUGAUGAAUUUCACUCUAAUAGCCAAUGGAACUUUAUGCGAUGAACGUGGCGUUUAUAUGUUGAAUAUUGAACCGUCCAGGCAACGUGGUGCUCGUCUCAUAACUCCAUAUUUUCAAACGAAUUCAACCCUUACAUCAUGGUAUCAACGACGUUGUUUAAAAUUACGUUAUAUAGUGUUUGGUGAUGAUGUUGUCGAUAAGAUUAUCAUUUGGCAACAAGAUAUGGCUAAUCGAAUAUUAUGGCGUGGUCGACCAAUUUCCAAUGGCCAUUGGAAUACCAUACAAAUACAUUUGAAUUUUCUUCCAAGAAUAGCCAGUCGAUUUUUCUUCGAAAUACAAACUGUAUAUGCAACCGGAUUCUUUGCACUGGCCCGAAUUAGUAUCGAAAAUUAUUGCGGUUAUAAACAGUGAAUAAAUGAUUUUGGAAAAGAAUUCAUUGUCAAAUUAUUCAAUUAUUGUUAAAUUUAAUUCCGAAAAUAAGCUUUAAGCAAAAUGAUUGAAA